UUUACUAGGCAGUUCACAAACAGCGGCUUCACCCUCUCUUGCGCGGCAGAAAAAGAUGAGACUAUCGACAAAAUAACAGAAAACACCGACAUAGUCUUUUUUCCCUUAAAGUGAAAUCAAAUGGUACAGAAAAGUAGUAUGUCCAGGACGCCUUCGACCUCAACCCAGGAGAUCCAAAUGGACAUGUUCGACCAUCAUCCACACACGCAGGGGAAGUACGCCAAGAGGAAGAGCCGAUUUAAGCGCUCGGAUGGAAGCACCUCCUCUGACACCACGUCCAACAGCUUUGUCCGACAGGGCUCUGCAGACUCCUACACCAGCCGACCGUCGGACUCAGAUGUGUCCCUGGAGGAGGAUCCCGAGGCUCUGAGGAAGGAGGCCGACAGACAGGCCCUCGCCACGCUUGAGAAAGCAAAGACCAAACCAGUGGCAUUUGCUGUGCGCACAAAUGUGGGUUACAACCCAGGCCCCAGCGACGACGUCCCCGUGCAGGGAAUGGCCAUCUCCUUUGAAGCCAAAGACUUCUUGCACAUUAAAGAGAAGUACAACAACGACUGGUGGAUCGGCCGCCUGGUGAAGGAGGGCUGCGAGGUGGGAUUCAUUCCCAGUCCGGUCAAGCUGGAGAACACCCGGCAGCUGCAGGAGCAGCGGAUGAGACAAAACCGGCUUAGCUCCAGUAAAUCAGGAGGAAGUUCUAGUCUGGACGUAGCCACGGGAACCCGCAGGCCCACCCCACCUGGCACAGCUCACGCAGAUAUUUCCUUUGACGUUGACCCCCUCGACCUGGAUGCCGAGGAGCUCCCUGAGUCCCAGGGUGACCCUCGCUCCCCCAAGAACAUGUCAGGCAGCGUAACGUCCCCCCAGGCCAACCAACAUCGACUGCCCUUCUUUAAGAAGAUGGAGCACGUCCCUCCCUACGACGUGGUUCCCUCCAUGAGACCCAUCAUCCUCGUCGGGCCGUCCCUCAAAGGCUAUGAGGUGACGGACAUGAUGCAGAAAGCACUCUUUGACUUUCUGAAACACAAGUUUGAGGGCAGGAUAUCCAUCACACGAGUGACCGCAGACAUCUCUCUGGCCAAGCGAUCCGUCCUCAACAACCCCAGCAAACACACCAUCAUUGAGCGCUCCAGUACCCGCUCCAGCCUGGCUGAGGUGCAGAGCGAGAUUGAGCGUAUUUUCGAGCUGGCCCGCACCCUCCAGCUCGUUGCUCUGGAUGCAGACACCAUCAACCACCCCUCCCAGCUGGCUAAGACCUCCCUGGCACCAAUCAUCGUCUAUAUCAAAAUAGCCUCACCUAAGGUUCUCCAGAGGCUCAUUAAAUCCAGGGGGAAGUCCCAGGCGAAACAUCUAAAUGUGCAGAUGGUUGCAGCAGACAAGCUGGCUCAGUGCCCACCUGAACUUUUUGACAUCAUCCUGGACGAGAACCAGCUGGAGGACGCAUGCGAACACCUGGCCGACUACCUGGAGGCCUACUGGAAGGCGACGCACCCGCCGAGCAGCAACCCUCCCAACCCUCUGCUCAACCGCACCAUGGCCACGGCGGCCCUGGCCUCGUCCCCCGAGCCCGUCUCCAACCUGCAGGGCCCGUACCUGGUGCAUGGCGAGCAGAAGCGGGACGAGUGUGGCGGGAGCAGCACCCUGCAUGACUAUCAGACAGACCUGGGAGGAAAGCCUCAGCAGCAGCAGCAGCAGCAGCAGCAGCAGGCGUACCUGCGCUCGUCCCGCGGCCAGCUACGAGGGGGGAGCGGGCGAGGCCUGUCGCGGCAGGACACCUUCGACUCCGAGACCCAGGGCAGCCGGGACUCGGCCUACACCGAGGCCGGCGACUCCUGCAUGGACAUCGAGACUGACCCUUACGAAGAGCCGGAGCCCUACCGGGGGGGGAGCGGGGGCAGCCGCCUCCACCUGGCCCAGCAUCACGGCCGGCAGGCCUCCUGGGAGGACGAGGGCGCCGAGCCGGACCAGGAGAACUUAAACCACCCUCCGAGCCAGACACAGCCGCAUGGACGCGCCAAGUUGAGGGAGCGUUACUGCCAGGACCCGGCGGACACGGGAGCCAACAUGAGCCGCAACAAGAACCAGGAUGACUGGGGGAGGGACGUGUACAUCCGCUGAGCCCUCACCUCUCCACAGAGACAAGAGAGCUGCAGGCCGAGGACAGAGGGAGCCAUGGGGAGGGAGGGGAACUGCAGUGUGGGUUUGGGGCCAUGCCAGUCAGGCAGACAAACAUCUGUUUACAUCCCAGUACAAUGUAAUGACACACAUCAACUGCCAGAUGCCAUUCUCAUCGAGUUCUUCUUGCAAAUCAAUUUAUUUAUGUUUAGAAGAAACAGUAUAGGUCUGUUUUUUUGUUACCUAUGUUAAUACUGCAUGAAUAUCAUGGGUUUCUAUUCUGACAGCACGAGGGCAGUGAUUGUCCCGAUUGUAAUCUGUAUGACUCGAUCUCUCCUUCAGGCUGGUGGAGCUGUAGUCUGUCGCGUCUGUCAUCUGCAGUCUUUUAACAGGGUCUAAUGUCGCCGUCCCCACAUUUGUAAAAUGUCAGGGUUUCUCUUUAUAUUCAUCUCACUACUCUUCGGGUUUUCAGGUUUUCCUCCCAAUCUGAGAUCCAGAAGGUUUGAGUGUCUCACCUCCACUAUCUUCUCACCCAGACCUUAAAAAGCUAGUGGAGAACUUUGCCAUAUUUUAACAUAUUUAACAGUGUUGCUACACUUGUGUCGGCUUGAUCACACAAAAAAAUAUGUCCAAAGAUGUUUACUUCUUCUUCUUCCCUGGCCCGGUUUCGGCCUCUCUGGAUGUCUGAGCCGGUCGUCCCAUUUUUGUUCCUCUUCUCAUGGGUGCUGGGGGCACCUGCAGUAUUCACCUGUGCAGCAGUUUUGCUUGUGUGAAGCAUCCUGCCUUAGUCACCCUCACCCUGAACCACAUUUAUGUCAAGAAAAACUCCAAUCACAAGUGCCGGAAUGUCUCGCCAAGCCAUGUCCACCACCAGGUGGGAUGUCUUAACUCUUACUACACUCGUUUUCACACCACGUCUUUGUCUCGUGGCUACUCUGCAGUCGUAGCCCCGCUGUCGUUCCAGCACGUUGCACACCUCGUUUUUCUUUGCACCAGCUUUUUGUCUGUUUUUCAGGGCUAAUGGUGAUUAUAAAAAGUACUUGUGUGUGCGUGUGUGUGUGUGCGUGUGUGUGUGUGUGGUCAAUCACUCCAAACUUCCACUUUAACUGCUAGCUUGUCUGAUAUUAAAUCCCACUCUCUUCUCUUGAUUUCUGACUGAAUUAGUGUUUUUCUUGUGGACAUUUGCAAAUUUUUCUUUUUUUUUUUUUUUUUUUUAAUUAUUGAGUUCUUGUGAGGUAGAGAGAGAAGUAUCAUGGGGGUGGUGGUGGUGGGGGUGGGGGGUCUAGGAUCAGCUUUGGUCUUUACUCAGUUAUCUAUAAAGGAGAAUCCAUGAAUGUCUUUGGCGGGCUGCUUCGGGCCCGCCGCUGUCGUCGGUUGACUACAUAAAUAUUAAAUAAUGAUCGGUAAAUAAUGUUAUUGUUGCGUUAUCGCAAUUGUUUAAAAUAUGGAAUAAAAUGUAUCAUUGGUGCCUGAUUGUAGCUACAUUUUGCUUUUUCUGCCUUUCAUUUUUAAAUCUGUGGAUAAAUUCGUAUUUUAAUUAAAAAUUUAA